AUGUUAAACUUAAAACUACAAACAGCAGUUGAUGAUAUAGUGAAUCAAUUCGCCGUUACUGAAGAAUUUCUUUUAGUUGCAACUAAGGAAUUUACCAAGUCAAUGGAUAUUGGUCUACAGAACACCUUGUCGAAAAGAGAAUACAUGCCAAUGAUCCCAACUUAUGUCACUGGUAUCCCUAGUGGUAAAGAAAGAGGCUUAUUCUUAGCGGCUGAUUUAGGUGGUACCAAUUUUAGAGUUUGUUCUGUUAAUCUACAUGGAGACCACACUUACGAAUUAAAGCAAUCAAAAUACAGUAUCCCUUUGGAUUUGAUGAAAGGGUCUACUGCUGAUAGUUUAUUUUCCUUCUUGGCGAAAAAGAUUGAAAAAUUCUUGAAAGAUAAUCACGAUGACCUUGAAUCAGAUGAAAAACUAAAGCUAGGCUUUACCUUUUCCUUCCCCAUCAAUCAGACUGCCUUAAAUAGGGGUACUUUAAUUCGGUGGACAAAGGGAUUCGACUUACCUGAUUGCAUAGACAAGGAUGUUGUUGAGCUAUUACAAUCUAAUAUUGACCUCUUAGGCUGUAAGGUUGAUGUUGUGGCAUUAGCAAAUGAUACUGUUGGUACAUUAUUAUCAAGAGCUUAUUCUAAUAACCCUGAGAAGACCAAUGCCAACACAUUUAUAGGUGCUAUUUUUGGUACCGGUACUAAUGGGGCCUAUUUUGAGACACUUGAUAAUAUUCCUAAAUUGAAGUCUUCGAACAUUCCAGAAGGUGCUAAGGGUAUGGUAAUUAAUACUGAAUGGGGUUCGUUCGAUAACACGCUCAAAAUCUUACCAAAAACUAAAUAUGAUGAAAUUGUUGAUUCAGAGACUGCUAACAAAGGGUUCCAUUUAUUCGAAAAGAGGAUUAGUGGAAUGUUUAUGGGAGAAAUUUUACGUGUUUGUUUAAUUGAUUUAUUUAAACGUGAUCUUAUCUUUGUUGAGUUAUAUAAAUCUAGAGGUGGUUCCUUACCUCACAGGUUGUCUGAGGAAUGGUUGUUGUCGUCUGAAGUUUUGUCCUACUUACAGAUAGAUGAUUCGACUGACUUGAAAAUGUCCCAAUUAAUUUUGGAGAAUGAAUUGAGGUUGCCUACUACUAAAGAAGAAAGAAUAGUUAUUCAAAAAUUAACACAGGCUAUAGCCCAUAGAGCUGCAUAUCUAUCAGCUAUUCCUGUUGCAGCCAUCCUUAAUCGUAUCAAGACUCAGUACUCCCAUGAUGAUAAAGACUUUGAAUUUGGUUGUGAUGGAUCUGUUGUAGAGUUUUAUCCUGGUUUUCAAACUUCUGUUUUAGAGGCAUUGGAUAUAAUUAAUCCUUUGGAAGGGGAGAAUAAAAAGGUACACUUAAAAAUUGCCAAAGAUGGAAGUGGAGUUGGAGCUGCUUUAUGUGCCAGUACUGCAAAGUGA